CUCCACCCCCAUGGGCGGGUGAGAGAGCAGAUCCUCUGCAGCCGGACUCACCUGCAAAAAUCUGGUCCAGCAGCGAGGACGGCUUCUGGCAGCAUCACACCAGCUAUCGCAGAGUCCUAAGAUCAUGAUGGCCUCAACGCUCUCUAUGCGCAGCUACUCUGUUCGCCAGCCGUCCUUCUCCAGCGUGUCAGUGAGGGACAGCGGGCGCAGCGUCCGCUCCAAACCCCCCAUCCCCUCCCUGUCCACUGCGGGCGCCUUGUCGCUGUCCCGCUCCGUCUCGGUGGGAAACGGACUCAACCUGCUGGGCACGGGACUUUCGGUCAACGGGCUGACCGUGACCGCCAGCGAGAAGGAGACCAUGCGGGGCUUGAACGACCGGCUAGCCAACUACCUGGACAAGGUGCGCUCGCUUGAGAGGUCCAACACCGAGCUGGAGGUGAAGAUCAAGCAGCUGAUGAUGGAGAAGGCCCCUAAAGGCCAUGAUAUUGAGGGCAUGAUGGCGCAGGCCCACGCCAUCGGGCAGGAGGUGAGGAAGCGGACUCUGGAGAACGCACGUAUAAUGCUGGAGAUCGACAACGCCAAGCUGGCGGCCGACGACUUCAGGGUCAAGUGGGAGGCGGAGGCCACCUUGUGCCAGUCCGUGGAAAGAGACUGCCAGGCUCUGAGGCGAGCAAAGUCCGACCACGACCAGAUCAUCUCCACGCUGCGGGGAGACCUGGACAGCCUGAAGGAGGAGCUCUACUUCCUCAAGAAGAAUCAUGAGGAGGAGAAGAGCUCUCUGAAGGCGCGUCUGGCCAACGAGCAGGUGAACGUGGAGGUGGAUGCAGCACAGGGUCCGGAUCUUGGAGCCAUCAUGGCCGAACUGAGGGUCCAAUAUGAGGGCAUCGCGCGCAAAAACAAGGAGGAGGCGGAGGCUUGGUACCUGAAGAAGCUGGAGGCGGUGCAGUCAGAGGUGAAGGAAAACAACGAGGCCCUGCGCUGUGCCCAAAGCGAGCUGAGCGAGAGGCGACGUUUCCUGCAGGCUUUGGAGGUGGAGCUCGACAGCCUUCGCAAGCAGGUAGGCGUGCUGGAGGGGAACCUGGCGGAGACGGGACACAAGUACUCGGUGGAGAUGGAGCGCCUCCAGGCCACGCUGACCCAGCUGGAGGACGAGCUGUCCCAGCUGCGUCUGGACAUGCAGCGUAACAAGACCGACUACGAGCAGCUGCUGCGCAUCAAGCAGAACCUGGAGAUGGAGAUCGCCACCUACAGGAGGCUGCUGGAAGGAGAGGAGCUGGUGAAAGAAACACCUCCGCCUCCUCAAAAAGACCCUGAUGUGCGCACCAGGAAGAUAGUCAAGGUGGUCACGCAGACCAUGAUCAACGGCAAAGUGGUGAAUGAGUCCAGCGAAGUGGAGCAGAUUGAGGAGCGCAAAAAAUGAGUCAACCCGUCACCAAACUGGGCGCCUCCACCCCACAGAAAAGUGCCUUCUGGUCUGGGAAGAGCUUGUGUGAUGUUUUUGAGUGCGCUAUAAUGCCAAACAGCAUCCUGACAUGCAUAAACUGCAAUUAUAAUGAAAUGUAAUAGUCGUAAUGUUACCUUUGUCCAAGGCCAAAGGUCACAUAAGUCCCCCCUUUCAUAGCUGUCUCAGGCAAUGCCUGUUACGACGAGUAUUAAAAUAGUCUGAGAUUUUGAGAAUAAAGUUAUAUAUUUACGACAAUAACGUCUUGUAACUUUAUGUUACAGGCAUGGCCUGAGACAGCUACGAAAAGGGGGGACUUACGUGACCGUUGGCCUUGGACAUGUAGAGGGGCCGGGGAAGUGAGAAGGGCUAGACAUGCGAAUGUGUUUGUGCUCAACUGCUCUGUUUUGCUGCCACGUUACAAAUAAAAGCUUGCCUGAAAUAAGAGGAACAUUUCCUUCCCUCCUGAAGAGUUAUGCUCUGUUUUCCCUCCGACACGUAUGACACCAUGACGCCCAAUUUUACCACUUUAUUCUUCUAAAUUUACCACUUUAUUCUCGUAAUAUUACAACUUUUUUUCUCGUAAAUUUACAACUUUAUUCCCGGAAAUGUAUGACUUUUUUUUCUUGUAAAUUUAAGACUUUAUUCUGGUAAAUUUACGA